ACGCAAGAGUUCUUCUUGAUUGUCAAAACCCUGUAUCACCUGAAGUCAGAAUUUCAAGCAUUAAUACCUGCUGUUAAUUCCCACGUUCGGUCAGAUUUGCUCCAGACAUUUAUUUUAGAAAUUCCUGAACUCCUCAGUCCAGUGGAACGUUACUUAAGGAUACUUAAUGAACAAGCUGCCAAAACUGGGAAUAAAACUGAAUUAUUCAAAGACCUUACUGGCUUCCCUUUAAUAAAAAAGAGGAAGGAUGAAAUUCAAGAAGCUACUGACAAGAUCCAAAUACAUUUACAAGAAAUACGAAAAAUACUAAAAAAUCCUUCUGUACAAUAUGUAACAGUGUCAGGACAGGAGUUUAUGAUUGAAGUAAAGAAUUCUGCUGUAUCUUGUAUACCAACUGAUUGGGUUAAGGUUGGAAGCACAAAAGCUGUGAGCCGUUUUCACUCUCCUUUUAUUGUAGAAAAUUACAGACAUCUGAAUCAGCUCCGGGAGCAGCUAGUCCUUGACUGCAGUGCUGAAUGGCUUGAUUUUCUAGAGAAUUUCAGUGAACAUUAUCACUCCUUGUGUAAAGCAGUACAUCACCUAGCAACUGUUGACUGCAUUUUCUCCCUAGCCAAGGUCGCUAAGCAAGGAGAUUACUGCAGACCAACUCUACAAGAGGGAAGGAAAAUCUUGAUUAAAAAUGGCCGACACCCUGUGAUUGACGUGUUGCUGGGAGCACAGGAUCAGUAUGUUCCCAACAGUACAAAUUUAUCAGGGGAUUCAGAGAGAGUAAUGAUAAUCACUGGACCAAACAUGGGUGGAAAGAGCUCCUACAUAAAACAAGUUGCAUUGAUUACUAUCAUGGCUCAGAUGGGCUCCUACAUUCCUGCGGAGGAAGCAACAAUUGGAAUCGUGGAUGGCAUUUUCACGAGGAUGGGUGCUGCAGAUAAUAUAUAUAAAGGACAGAGUACCUUUAUGGAAGAGCUGACUGACACAGCAGAAAUAAUAAGACAAGCAACAUCCCAGUCCUUGGUUAUCUUGGAUGAAUUGGGAAGAGGGACAAGCACCCAUGAUGGAAUUGCCAUUGCUUAUGCUACACUCGAGCAUUUUAUUAGAGAUGUGAAAUCCUUAACCCUGUUUGUCACCCAUUAUCCACCAGUUUGUGAAUUAGAAAAAAGUUACUUACAACAGGUGGGAAACUAUCACAUGGGAUUCUUGGUCAGUGAGGAUGAAAGCAAAGAGGAUCCAGGUAUGAAGUACGCUUGCAGUGAAGAACAAGAACCUGAUUUUGUCACUUUUCUUUAUCAAAUAACCAGAGGAAUUGCAGCAAGGAGUUAUGGACUAAAUGUGGCUAAACUAGCAGAUGUUCCUGGAGAAAUUUUAAAGAAAGCAGCUAGCAAGUCAAAAGAGUUAGAAGGAUUAGUAAAUACGAAGAGGAAAAGGCUAAAGUGUUUUGCAAAGUUAUGGAUGAUAAAUGACGCAAAAGACCUACAGAAAUGGAAAGACGAGUUUGAAAUGGAAGAAAUUCCAGGCUUCUCUUCUUGAUUAAAAUGAAGACUACAUUUUUGGACAAAACAUGGAGAAUUAAAAAUACCAUCUGUACCAAACAUCUCUCCAGUAACAGCCUAUCUUUGUGUGAUGUGAGCAUAAAAUCAGAACUAUGGUAUAUUCCAUUGGAAACAGGCCUUUUGUGUAGAAAGUCUAUUCCACGUUCUUGUCAUCCUAACUUAUAAAAGUAUAAACAGUUUUGAAUAUUAAGUCUUCUGUUAUAUAGUUAGAAAACUUCAUGAAUAGUAAGAUUCACAUAAAAUCUGAUCUCCUAAAUGAAGCCUAACAUAAACUUUUAGAGAAUGAUAGAAAAAUUUAAUUCAUAUUUUUAUUUGUUCCAGUUCAGAUUAAUUUGCAACUGGGUGAGAUGUCUAGCAGAAAUACACCUUUUCAUUUGAACUAAUUUUAUAAUGCCACCAGUUUAUUCACUAUGAGUGUAAGAAUUUUUGAUGAGAAAUAGAAAAAGAUAUCAAGCUUUUAGAAAGUAGAGCACGGAAGGAAUAAGAUCAUAUGAAAUUUGAAAAGUUAAAUACUCUCACAGUUUUAAGCAAUUUAAAAAUUAUUGGAUGAAAUUAUUUGUCAUUCACUCAGGUAAUAAACAUUUAAUGAAUACUUGCUUGUAUACUGAAGUACAGUUGUGUAACCAACUUCAUUUCUUCUCUCUUGUGGUUCUGCCUUGCCACAAUACUUUGCAGUGGUAAAUGGUGGUUGACCAGGUCCAAAGUGCUGGAAUACAAUAAAUGGCAUGACAGUAAA